UAUAAACAUUGAGAUAUUCGACAACAGUCAUUUAUAAACUGUUCAGCGUAUGGUACAGACAGAAACCCAACUUCAGUAUCCGUUCGUUCACCUGAGAUACACUUUUUGACAGCAGGGGAUUUUACGAAAUCGGAGAGCAGAAACAUUCACAAACAUAUAACCUUAUUUUGUGUGGUCUGAACAAGUAUUGAUCCGUCUAAGUUCUGAAGCAGCAGAACGCUUAUUGAGUGAAGACAUCUUGUUCGAGGCAUAGUGUUGAUCUCAACCGAAAUAUCGGCGCAUAUUCAGCUUCUAACAUUUAGGCAGAGGGCUGGUUCUGACCUCAGAGAAGAUCUAUUGACUGAUUGACCACGCGAGUUCCAAUUACUCAGCCGAAGAAACCGGACAGUUGAAGGACACCUCGUGAAGUAUAUGUAUUGGUAUUAGCAGAAGAAAGCGGAAUAAGUACAGCCAGUGCCAAUUGGAAAGGUCUCGAGGAGAUUUUAGAAGGUGCAACAAGUUUGAAUCCAAGGAAAGGAACUGACGAAUUGCUUCAAAAACUCUCGUCCAGCUUGGAAAGGAAGGAGGAUCUAUGUUUUAGCUUCCUGUUCCGGAUCCGUGGAUUUCUAUCAAAGGAUUGCUAUUUUAAAGUAAAGGACAAGCAACAUGAAGACUUCCGCUUACGUCAUCACAUCACUGCUCCUGAGCUUUUCCGGAUCAGCUCUCUCCCAGACAUGCGCAGAGAGAGCUUUCUGCGGAGUAAACGUCACCGAAAUGGACCAAAUUAAGCACAUGUUUGAACAGGACGUUGUGUCGUGGGGUAUUCUUGGUGUGAACUUUUGGGUGAAAGGGAUAGACUGGGAUUCACCAAGUAACGACAGCGACGACGUGUUUAAUCCGAAUUGGUGGAGCUGGUAUUUGGAGGAGGCAGGUUCACUCAUAGACAUGCCACUGGACUAUGAUAUUCUCUCAAUUGGUCUUUUAUCAUUAAGGAUAAAAGAUUAUGAUUUGGAGUUCACAAGUUCACCGCCAGGGUGUUUAUCGGCGCUGCCCUAUUCGUGUAAACGUCAGAUUGUCCACGAAAAGUUGUUGAUGAUAACUCAACGUGACGAGGCUACGCAUGAUGAAUUGAUUUGUCAGACCGCUAUGCAUGAAAAAUCUCUCCUAACUGGUAACACAGUAGGAUUAUCCAAAAAGUGUUGUAAACGGGAGUCAUUGAAGAAUGGUACUGAUGAAUACACGAAAGACGGCGCUUGGCAAGGCCGCCAUUACAGCGUCAAGCGCCUCCUGGUGUUUCUUUUUGGAACUGUACUACCCUUGUUUAGUAUUCCCUUGGUCAUGGCGUGGGCUGAUUUCAAACCUUUGGAUGUCGGUCAUGGAUUCGUAGACUACGCCAGUAACAAACUUUGCAAGUUCUGUCACUUUAAGCUCCGUGGAUCCUCAAACCUACAGCCAUUGGACCAACGUACAGUAAUCAUGAGAGAAAACGACUUGAUCGAAUUUGAAGGCCCUGUUAUGACACUCACGUCCAUUGCUGAUUUUGAUUUCCCAAUCAAAGCAGGAAAGAUGAAAUUCACGAUCUUAUUUCUGCUACAGUACAUCCCAAUCGGACUCUGGCUCUAUUACUAUAACGAGAAAAAGGACUCGAUGAAGUAUUUGGACUCUUGGGAAAAGAUUCUGUUCAAUUUGCGUUUUAAUCCAUUCAGUUGGUUGUGCACGGAUCCACAGUUCUGGCCCUACAAGUUUGCCCUUUUCCUCAUUGUACUCAAUAGCAUGUCCUUCGUAGGGUUGUGCAUCUGGUGGUUAUUAGAGUCUGCGGCAAUUCGCAAAGCGUUCAUGAAUCUUUUAAUCAAAAGCAGUUUGUACGGAAAGUUUAAAGGAAGGGGAAAAUUCAAGGCACGACGCACGGGAGUCCCCCUGGAAAAGAUAUUUCGAAAUCUUUUCAUCGCGCUUUUCACGACUAUAAUGAUCGGAACUUACAUGGUCGUCUUUAGCUUCUUUCAUAGCGCUAUCUACACUAUAGGGGGCGUGGUGGUGAAUAUUGAACUGGUCGCAUCAUGGCUGACCGGCCUCGCUUUGGUCAUAUAUUACGUUAACAAAUCGUACACCGGGGUGAAAGCAAAGUACACUGAUAUUAAGAGACUGGUUUUUGAGGAGUCUUUGCUGUGGAAAGUCUACAAAGGAUCGAUUCUAAUGACAUGUGAUGUUCUUGUGAACGACAGCGAAAACAACAAAAUGGUGGACAGAGACAAACAAGUCUUCAAAUACGAAUGGGUGAAAGCAGAAGGCCCUAUUUUAUUGUAUAAUAAGGACAAUAACUUGAUGUUGCCAAGACGCAUGUUCUUGAGAAUAUGUGAAAAGUUGGAGCCAUUGAAGGAAAAUGUCAAAAAGGCCGCGAUUGAUUUGACUUUUACGCUGUUUUUCUUAGGUCUAGUUGUAUUCACGAUUGCCGUUUUCAGACCUUAUAAUGCAUCUAGUGAAAUGAGUGUAGUUGUGACGUCAGUGGUCACGUUACUCACCGCGUUAAUCCCGCAGUUAGCGGAAAUGACGAAUUGCCAGGAGCAGGAUAAUUUGGAGAAAUCCGUUCUUCAUUACAAGGUCAGGAAAGCUGUCCAUAGUUACAGACCAAAUUUCCGAACUCUGGUCGAUACGAGCACGUUCAGUCCCAAGGCAACCAUGAUUAGACGGCUCUCAAAAGAAGAUUACAACGCUAUUAACCCAGAUAUCAUGGCGCCGCUCGGAACAAAGUUCAUAGGGGAUACAGACUCUGGUCUCCGGACCGCCAAUGACUUUAAUCCUUCGUCAAGUCUGCCCUCACCAGUCAACACCUUAGUACACGAUGGUCUCAGACCGCCAAUACUACCAACGAUUCAUUCAGUUGGGUCCGCAUCACCUUUGGUGGCCCAGAGAGCGAAUAACAAUGCCCGGAAUGGUCACCGCCCGGCGGAGAGGUUAACUUCUAAUGAUAGUGGCUUGAUGGUUUUAGAUCUCCGGGGUGUUGAAGUCCAAAACCAACACGAUCCGGAUGAAGACGAUCUUUUUAUCGAUGACUCUUUUCCGAAGACGGAGGUCUGAACCUAAAAACGUUGUAAUUUGAUUUUAUCAAAAAGAUGUAUUAUUUGAUAUUUUGGUGGUUAGUACUAACUAGGCUCACCCCAGACAUGCCAGAGGCAUGGGUUUGCCAAAUUUAUGAAAAUGAAUUGAUGAAUUCAGCCGUCCAUCUGGUGAUAUAUCCACCUAUCCAUUACCCACUGAGAAUCUCCGAGUGAAAUUAUAACUUUUACCCCUGACCACAUACAAACUAUACCACAAAACGCAGCAUGGUUAUCCGGAAACUUUUUCGGAGGCGCAAUCGUCACUUCAGUAUAUCACUGAAUAUGAACAGGAUGAAUGUGUCCACUAACAUGACCAAUAAAACAUGUUUUAUUUGAACUUAUCUAUUGAAUGUCAGAAAAAGAGUUUUUGGUGUUGUUUUUUCUUGAAUUUGGCCAACACUGCUUGCCGAGACGACCGCGGCAACUAAAGUAAUUCUUUCUCUAGGAUGAGGCUACCAGCAAGAGAGGUCAAAAAUCUGAUAAAAAUAUACAGAAGAAAUGUUAAGAAAGACUAGAGGUGCCUUGAGUUAAUAGAAUAGGGGCUUGUAAGACAGUGCCGUUAGAAAUGGCCUUAUAUGUAGUAAAUAUCAUCAGGCAAGAUAAACUGUCAGCGUGAUAUCUUAUCCUGCCUGUCCCUACGAAGAGCUACUAACGACAACGUAUGAAGUGUUUUAAAUGUAUUUUUUAUCAACGGUUUUUUUUCAAAUUUUCCCCCCAAUAUCUUCUACAACUAAAUAUAUCGUAUACCCUAUAUGACAUGUUCGAUCUGGUGACUCUGAUUAUCCACUCAUGCAGUUUUUUUACUACAUGUACUUUAAGCUCGGAGAUAGAGUCGGAGUGGGAAUCGAAAGGGUGCGUAUCAUCUCUAUCGUAUUGGCAAAAACUAUGGCUGGAGACAGAUGUGGUUAAUCGACAUGUCCCAGGUUAUUGUACAAAAAAUUGAGGUGUGGUUAGCUCUAAGCUACAGGUUGAGCCAGGCUGUCGUACAUUCUGACUCUGAGAAUAUCAUUCUCUGUAACGUAAGCUUUUAGCGAGUUCUUUUAGAAGAUAGUUUUGUGUAA